GUCUGUGGAGAUGAGUUGUACGUUAACGUGCUCUGGGACACCCCCACGUGAUUCCUUGUAGAAUGAUGAACGCUGUAGUUUGAUACCUGCUGUCCAAAUGGUUACGUGAAAAGUGCUUCAGUGACUCCGCAUUGCCCCGAAACUUAGUGAUAUUUGUGGAGGUGAAAAUGAAGUAUUAAUUUCUUACAUACAGACGAUUCUUAUAAAAGUUAGAGUAGGUGUGAAUGUGCUUUUCAAUUGUAGUUCUUGCUGAAAGAAAUUUGAGUAGCCAGUUUUGCUAGAAUGUCUGGAUGAAUAAUGAAAGUUGUCCAGUUGUAAAACUUUCGUACGAGAAAAGGAAAACGGAGCUCAGAAUUCAUGACCUGUCUCACUUUAAGGAAAUCUAACGAAAAAGGAAACGAUUGCCAGCAAUGCAUUGAGAAAUUAACCGAUCUCUAAAUAAUGAUUACCCACUUGGCACUAAUUAUUGCAGUUAUUUCCACGACCGUGGCUACUACAGUCAGAGAAGCAGACGGGGUAACGUCAGUGUGGGUAGUUACCGGCGGCAAAGCAGAGCUGCCUUGCAGAUCAAUUCCGAAGGUGCCCCAUGACCAGCCUAUGAUCGUCUUGUGGUAUCUUUCCUCCGUUACUAAGCCAAUUUACAGCUACGACGCCCGUGAUGGCGAUUUCUCUUCGGGGACGAGGUGGUAUGACGAAGAUAUCGUAGAAGACAGGGCCUCCUUUCACCCGAUGCCAGAGAGGUCCCUUCUCGUCCUCAACCCGGUCCGAGAUCGUGACCAGGGGUCGUACACAUGCCGAGUAGAUUAUCGUAUAUCCCCGCCGACCAUCAUCACAAUCAACCUCACAGUUGUUAUCCCUCCCGGUCCACCGAUGGUGAUCUGGGACGGUCGAGGGGUCGUGGGGACGGUGGGUCCCCUCAAGGAGACCGAGAGGGUCGACCUCACCUGUCGGAGUGUGGGAGGUCGACCCACCCCUACCAUCACGUGGUGGAAUGACGAAAGGCCUCUACCUAUCCUCAAUUUCCAUUCAACGUCUGAUGCAGCGACAGGAACCUACCUGGUGGAGGCCACUCUGUCAAUCUCAGGAAAGAGAGAGCUUCAGGGGGCUCCGCUCACCUGCCAGGUGCACAUCCCCACUGAUCAUCACCUUUUAAAUUCACCUUCUCUUCACCCUAAAACCGUCUCCGUCACCCUGAACAUCACCCUCCCCCCGGUUGACGUCCGGAUAAUCGGUUCCAGUUCAAUAGAAACAACGUCCGGAUCCGAGGUCGACCUUGUGUGCCAGGCGUACGGGUCUCACCCUCCGACGCAGCUCACGUGGUGGAAGGACGAGAAGCCCCUCGAUGCCUUUUACACACAGACGAUAGAAGACGGAGGGAACGUAACGACGGCCAAGCUUAGGAUGACAGUCCGUCGGGAAGACGACAACAAAACGCUGGCCUGUAAAGGCAUGAACCCCGCCCUCCCCGACAGGUUCCUUGAGGAUUCUACGAGGCUUGUGAUCCUUUACGCCCCGGUUGUCGAACUAUCCUUAGGUCGAGCCCUGGACCCAACCAGCAUCAAGGAAGGAGAUGAUGUAUACUUCGAAUGUAACAUCUCUGCAAAUCCACAUCACCAUCGCAUACAGUGGUAUCACAAUGGAAAGGAGUUGUCUCACAACGUGAGUGCGGGAAUCGUCAUGAGCGGAUCCAACCUUGUCUUGCCAAGGUUGACGAGAAGAAAGUCGGGGUCUUACAGAUGUGCGGCCGCUAACCUACAGGGGAAUUCUACAAGCAGUUCCGUCAGCCUUACCGUGAGACAUGCUCCCGUAUGUGCGGGGCCUGACGUCGAAAGAACGCAGGGGGCCGUGCGUGGAUCGACCACCCUCGUCACCUGCAAGGUCGAGGCGGAACCAGCCUACGACAUUGCCUGGGAGUGGAUGAAGAUGCGGGUGGACGGGACCGAGGAAGACGUGGCACCAGGUCUCAUCCAGAACAGUGGCCUCUCAUCCAGUAUCCAGGUGACGCCCCAGCGGCAGGAAGACUACGGGCGGCUACUGUGUCGGGCCUCCAACGCCGUCGGGAAACAGCAGGAGGCGUGCGUCAUUAGCCUCAUGCCCGCGGGCCCUCCCGACAUGCCCACGAAUUGCUCGGCGCUCCAGUCUGAGCAGGAGGCCCAGGAUAGCGAAGGGGCCCACGCCGAAGGGCCUUCCAUAAUCGUCAGGUGCCUGGAAGGAUUCGACGGAGGGUUGCGGCAGUAUUUCCUGCUGGAGGCGUGGCAAGAUGGCCAGCUCUUUGCCAAUAUGAGCAGCGAUGUCCCAGAGUGGAUUCUGAACGGUGUCCGGUUGGGUGUGGGCGUCAACCUGAACAUAGCCGCCCAUAAUUCCCGCGGACACAGCGAUCCUCUCACCCUCGAGGUGCACACCAGUAACGCCCAACAACGUGCCGCCCCUGAUUAUAAGCACAUCAUAGCCCUGGCUCCCAUUUUGGGUGCCGUAAUAGGUGGUGUCGGCGUUAUGCUUCUAUUACUGAUUGUCGGUGUCGUUAUUGCCAAAAGAGCUCCUCAGAGGCCUACUAAAUCUGCAAGUGACCUACAGAGGACUUCUGGUAUUCCGGAGGGCUUUGACCCAGACGUUGUCCAGUCGAUACAACGGCAGCCUCCAAGUCUGGAUGUACUGCCCAGUAUGCAAGAACCAGAUGGCCAGACGGGUUGUGCAUCUAUCAGUUCAGACCAGGAAAAUCCAGGUGCACAAAAGUACACUGGCGGGAAGGAUCAAGUUUUGUAUGAAAAGGCAGACGACCAGCUUCGAUUCAGUAGUCUUCCCAGACCAAAAGACACUACAAGAAAGGAUAGUAGGCUGGUGAAGCAGGUUGCACCAUAUACGUCAGCUCAGCAUGAAGACUCGGGCUUAUCAGAUUCAGAUUCAGACUCCGAAAUCAAAGAACUGGUCUCCAAAGGGCACAAUAAGAACCCAGCCAAAGCAGCAGAUCACACGCAACAGUACAUAAACUUCCCGGCAGAAGGCGGGAUUCAUUCCCAGCUUGCUGCUGUCACUGACCACUUAACCGAGCCUUCAACCUCUUCUGGGGAUUCAGGAAUUCAGAGUUCGUCUUCCACAAAACCUUUUUCACUGUUUUCCACAACUGAUGAUAAGCUAAGAGCAGUCGCAUCCUCAGAAUUUCGCCCUCAAGUGAAAGUCUCAGGGAAGCAAAUGUUUUCUCCCCAGUCGUCUGGGGAGCAAAGGUUUUCGCCAUCAUCGGUAGAGACGAGGAGAGGCCUACCACUUUCUUUGCUCCAGCUCUCGUCACCUUCUUCCAUAGCAGAUCAUCCAAGCACAUAUUCAAAAGAAGGCUUCACUAACCUCGUAGCUUCUCAAGACGCCUCCGAAGCAAUGAAUCCAUUACACAUUGACACUCAUGUCCCAUAUUCAUCUGAUCGCCAUACCCCAGUGGAUGACAUGAAUAGGCAUAGGUAUCUAGAAUUUGGAAGGCCUGUGACGCUGCUGGAAGGUGAGCACGAAGAUAUAUUACUAUUAAGAAGAACACUCCCCCGAGAUGAGUCUAGGAAGGGCAGGAGAAACAGUGCGCUGGGGUUUUCUACAGAUAAAAUAUAUGACCUAUCUCCGACACGCUAUUCUUCCUCAUCUGACCUGCACAGCAUCGGUUAUCCUGUCUCGUCUACGAGAGAUUUCAGACUCGCUGGAAACAGAGAUAAAAGCAAACCAAAUUUACCGGAUGAGCAUCUCUUCCCCAAUGUCAGACAUCAGCCAGAAGUCGUGCCCUCUCCAUCUUUAUCUAGUUUUAAUCAGAAAGAUAUGAAGGUGAUGAUGAAAGACGUGAGUGGCAGGGGAUACAAGUUUCCAUUUAACUUUAAUUUUUCAGACAGGGAGAGUUCAGUCUGACCUACUGCUCAAGAAACUUAUGAAAUCAUGGUGCAUCUUCCAUCAACAUUGAUUACGAGAGAUCAGAGCUCUAGCUGGAACGUUAUCUUUGUCCUUCAUUUCAGGGUUUUGGUUACUCUUCUUUACGUAGCAUUUAGUGAACAAUGUAUCUGACAGUCUGUUAAAAUUGUUGCCAGAAGCUUUUCCAUACUACAGUAGAAAGUACUUUUGUUCAGUAUCAGUAAUGUGAUGUGGAAAUCCACCGAUUUUAUUAAAUGAACAUACAAACUGAGUUUACUUAGAAAAGGGAGGAUAACCAGUCCUAAUGUUUAGCCAUGUGAGAAUUCAGUUUGCUGUUAAAAACAAAGUCCAGAUAUGUAAGCCAGAAUUCAUAAAUUUCCAGAGAUUUGUCUUGAUAAGGCAACUUUGUGUUUCUCCUUUCAAAAAGUGGUGCUUUGAAAUGGAAUGGUUUUAAAUGGUUUUUAACUCAGUUGGAAAAGAAUAAUAUAAACGUAAGCAAAACAAAACUACAUAACAAAUAUACAUGUAGGGGACCACAGACAGGAUGACAUUUAAUGUUAGGAACCAAACGCUUCUGUGUGUCACAGGCACGUCUUUGAGGUACUUUGCAACCUGAAGAUGUGCACGUAACGCUCGAAAGUACAUGGCACCCAUUCUAGUUUUCUCCUAUCCUCUGAU